AUGAGUGAGUGUAGCCGACGAACUAGGUGUAAUACUCGCUGUCAAGGCGGUUUCGGUGGUGCAUUUCAACUCGUUUCGAUUUAGCCUGUCUGCGGGAACUUUCACUCGCAUCUCCGCCCGAAUGAACCUCAAGCUCGCUUAAUCAAGUUUCAUCGAGUGCGCGUUGCUCUAAGCUUCAACCGUGACCGCUUCGCGACAGUCAAAAAGAUGCGCCAUAGGUGGUGUCGUAUGUUUCUCGGUCUCAUAUGCGUAAAUUUUUUCUCAGUGUUUAUUAUGUGGAUAUAUCUGGACAGCAAGUGCCCGUGUUACGAGGCAUCUCGAGAAGGCGGCGGUGGCGGCGUCAAGGCCUUUGAGGGAGCGGCCCGGGCAGCUCGUCAGCGCUCGGUGUUCGCUGGGCCACAGGACGACUUCGGUGCCGGAGGAGCCUUGAAGAUGCGCAACGCUGCUCCCCUGGACGACAUCUAUGACCUUCCGAACUCCCUCGUCACUCUAGUGCUGCGCGAGUUCGAAUUCUACGAACAGGACUUAGUAGAGACCGUUCGAUCGUUUCACACGGUAUUUCCACGCAUGCCGAUUGUGCUGGUCGCCGACGACGUGCCUUAUCCGCCUCUGAGGUUUCCCCGAGACGAAUUCGGCCCGAACGUGCAAGUAAUCUCACUCGCCAGGUAUCCGGAUCGCUACGCCAACGCUACGCGCUUGGAGAACUACGUGAAGACUGAUUUAGUGCUGUUCGUACCUGACUCCGUGCGCAUGACGCAGCCGGCCAUCGUUACCACCAUGAUCAAACGCAUCUUCAAGAACCCGCGUCACAUGGUGGCUGUUCGAAUCGCGGGCGAGAUGCGACGCUGCCUGAACCUAGACGUGAACCUGCGCGAGUGGACGCUAGUGUAUCGCAAGGCGUCGCGUACAGCCGAGUCCCAGUGCGAUGCGUUUGGGGGCCGACACCUGCUCAUGGCCAAGUCCGAACUGGUGCUGUCGCUGAGCGAGCCGCUGGUGCGUCCGUUUCCCGAGGCGCUGUACAUACAGACAGCGCUUAGGGACGUGAAGAUUGAAAUUGUGGACAGCCUGGUUGCCCAAAACGGCCGCACACUCUUCACGACGGAGCACAAUCGAGAGAAAUUGCGCGCAGCCACUACAAGUCGUCGUUCCCAGCUCUACGCCAACUUUGGCGUGAAGAAAGUCCAUCAGCCCGGUGGGGAAGUCACGUGGCACGGCUGCAAGCGGGACACUCCCCGUUGCUUCGGCACCGUGGUGGAUGAGACACCGGACUACCUGUACAAGGGGCGCUGGACGCCGCCGUGUUGCCUGGAAAACUUGCGCCGCACUGCGAGACGUUUUGCCAUACUGGAAAGGUGCAAGACCCGCUACUGGCUCGAGGGGGGUAGCCUCCUCGGCGCUGCCAGGAAUCACGACAUCAUUCCCUGGGACUACGAUGUCGACAUUGGUGUGUAUAGUGAUGACGUGCAGCACUGCGAGUGGCUACGGAACUCGCAAAAGGGUUCUGUGAUUGAUGCUGACGGCUAUGUGUGGGAGAAGGCUACUGAGGGAGACUUCAUUCGCGUCCAGUACAGCAGUGCCAAUCGAGUGCAUGUGGAUAUCUUUCCAUUUUACUCCCGUAAUGGUGUCAUGACUAAAGACACGUGGUUCAAGAGCCAUCCGCAAGACAGGGAGUUCCCAGAGCACUUUCUGAAGCCUCUAUCUAGUAUUCUAUUUGUCGGUGUGUUUGCAUCAGCACCCAACAACAUCACUCAGUUUCUGGAGCUGAAGUUUGGGAAGGGUGUUAUAGGGAAGCCCCAGUAUCCGAACCCAGCCUUGUUGGCUUAUCCAAAAAGCACUAGCACGUAGU